GUUCUUCAGGAAAAAAAUGAAUGGAUUCCAAGUAUUUUUCCGAAUAUACAGAAUAAUUACUUGAAUCACAACUGGCUCAGUCAUCGAGUGAUUUUGGCAGCUAGAAAUGUUGACGUUGACGAAAUUAACUUUCAGAUACAACAGUUGUUACCAGGCGAUCUGAUGUCUUUUAAAUCAAUCGAUACUGUUGUUUAUGAAAAUGAAAGUGUCAAUUUUCCAAUUGAAUUUUUAAAUUCACUAGAUAUACCUGGAAUGCCACCACAUAAUCUUCGAUUAAAGAUUGGUUCCCCUAUUAUUCUACUACGUAAUUUGAAUCCACCUCAAUUAUGCAGCGGUACGCGUUUGGUCAUCAAAAAGAUCACUGGAAAUAUUCUUGAAGCAACCAUUUUAACUGGGAAGUUUAAAGGAAAAGUGGUCCUGUUGCCACGUAUGCCAAUGACACCAUCAUAUUCUACCAGACCCUUCAGAAGGCUACAGUUUCCAAUUCGUUUAGCUUUUGCCAUGACUAUAAAUGAGUCUCAAGGCCAAACAAUGUCCAUUUGUGGUUUAGAUUUGGAAAAUCCAUGUUUUUCCCAUGGGCAACGAUAUGUUGCAUGUUCACGGGUAGGAAAACCGUUGAAUCUAUUUGUGUAG